AUGUUGCGAGGACUCUCCCGAUCUUCACCACCUCACACAACCAAGGCUCUUUCUGCUGUCUAUCAGCAGUAUUCGAUGCUCAGUUUCCUUCCGAGCAGAAAGAAACUAAUUCCACGAGGGAGUCGCGCUGCACCGCCACCACUUCCACUCCCCGAAUUCAUCGACAUUGAAGACCGCUGCAAGAUCGAAUAUGUCGAUAUCCAGCCAACAAACGACAACAACACCAAGCAAACGACAAUUGUGUUGCUACAUGGCGCUCCUGGUAGUUAUCAAGACUUCCGCUACCUCAUUCCGUUGGUGCAGCGUCCAGGAGUGCGAAUUAUUGGCAUUAAUCUCCCCGGAUACGAAGGAUCCACUGUAGCCAAAUCGCGCUAUCUGGAGAGCAUCAGUGCGCUUCCGACAGCACAGUUAACGUUUAACGCGCUGCAGCAACUUACAAGCAGCAACGAGAACGUAUUUCUAGUGGGUCACUCAUUCGGCGCACAAACGGCUAUCAACAUGGCAGCAAUGAAUGCAGCCAAGUCAAAACCUGCUAGCAACAUUCGUGGGCUGGCCUUACUUGCCCCCGUCGGUUGUAGCCCUCAUCAUGUGAUGCGUCCUCGAGCUAACGCACUCUUGAUCAAGAUGCUCGGCUCUGGGAACGCCUUCCUCGCUUCUCUCGCCUCUCAGGCCGUCAAGGCCAUCUACACAAAGUUGUUACGCUUCCCUGCUGACUGGUCGGCCGAUCCCUUCGUCGCUGCGGUCGUUCGUGCUGGCACCACCGAUUUCGACUUGGCACGCGAGCAAGUCGCGUUGCUUAAACGCCUCCAGACGCCGACUCUAAUUGCGUGGUCGCAGAGCGAUGAGUACAUUCAAGAGUCAAUUCCAACGGAACUGAGCGAGUUGUGCUACGCUGGUCCGCGUCUUGCAUUUGCCGGAGGAGGGCACAACAUCCAGAAAACGCGCGUUGACCCGAUUGCCGCGGCCAUCAACGACUGGAUCGCUGAUGUGGUGAAGAAUAAAUCUGUGCCACUCGAUGACCAGAAGACGAAGUACUUGCCUUAG